GGCGGACAGCUGCAGCGCCGCCGGGCGGGGCGCGGGUGCGGCCGGGUCCGCUACGCUGAGCCCCUUGCCGGGCUCCGGGUGCGCCAGUCUCCCCCGAGCCCGCGAGCCUGGAUAUUGGCUGAGUGCCGCGGGGGCAGCAGGACCCCGCGGGGUCUCGCCGUCUGCGCCCUGUGAAGAGUGGAGGACAAGAAUGGGUAAAAAGUUAAAGAAGGAAGCAGAGCCUCCUCCUAAGGAUGUGUUUGACCCACUGACAAUUGAAAGCAAGAAAGCAGCAACUGUGGUGUUAAUGCUUAAUUCUCCAGAAGAAGAAAUUCUGGCUAAAGCAUGUGAAGCCAUUUAUAAAUUUGCUUUAAAAGGCGAGGAGAAUAAAGCAACCCUCCUUGAACUGGGGGCUGUGGAACCUUUAACUAAACUGCUCACCCACGAAGACAAAAUUGUCAAGAGAAAUGCUACGAUGAUCUUUGGAAUCCUGGCUUCUAAUAAUGAUGUUAAAAAAUUGUUACGGGAGUUAGAUGUCAUGAAUUCUGUGAUCGCCCAGCUCGCUCCAGAAGAGGAAGUAGUUAUCCAUGAGUUUGCUAGUCUUUGCCUAGCAAACAUGUCUGCUGAGUAUACCAGCAAAGUGCAAAUAUUUGAACAAGGUGGAUUGGAGCCUCUCAUCAGACUACUGAGCAGCCCAGACCCGGAUGUGAAGAAGAACUCAAUCGAGUGCAUUUACAACCUGGUCCAGGAUUUUCAGUGCCGAGCUACACUUCAGGAACUAAAUGCAGUUCCCCCUAUAUUAGAUCUCUUGAAGUCAGAAUUUCCAGUUAUUCAACUGUUGGCUCUCAAAACCUUAGGUGUCAUUACAAAUGAUAAAGAGUCACGAACAAUGCUAAGAGACAAUCAAGGAGUGGACCAGCUUAUUAAGAUCCUAGAAGCCAAGGAAUUGAAUGACCUUCAUAUAGAAGCACUUGCAGUGAUAGCCAACUGCCUUGAAGAUAUGGACACCAUGGUGAUGAUUCAGCAGACAGGAGGUCUUAAGAAGCUCCUAACAUUCGCAGAAAACUCUACAAUUCCAGACAUUCAGAAGAAUGCUGCAAAAGCAAUUACUAAAGCAGCUUAUGACUCUGAAAAUAGAAAACUUUUCCAUGAACAAGAAGUUGAAAAGUGCCUUGUCACUCUGUUGGGUUCUGAAAAUGAUGGAACUAAGAUUGCUGCUUCCCAGGCGAUAUCAGUCAUGUCCGAGAAUUCAGCCAGCAAAGAAUUUUUUAAUACCCAAGGGAUUCCACAGCUAAUCCAGUUGCUCAAAAGUGACAAUGAAGAGGUGAGGGAGGCUGCAGCCUUGGCCCUGGCCAACCUGAGCACUUGCAAUUCAGCCAAUGCAAACGCCAUCGCCGAAGCUGACGGCAUCGACCCGCUCAUCAACACCCUGUCCAGCAAACGCGACGGCGCCAUCGCCAAUGCCGCCACAGUGCUGACUAACAUGGCGCUGCAGGAGCCGCUGCGCACCGCCAUCCAGGGCCAUGACGUCAUGCGCGCGCUGCACGGCCCGCUGCGCUCCGCCAACACUGUGGUGCAGAGCAAGGCCGCGCUCACUGUGGCCGCCACGGCCUGCGAUGCAGACGCACGCGCAGAGUUACGAAAUUCCGGCGGGCUGGAGCCCCUGGUUGAGCUCCUGCGCUCCAAGAAUGAGGAAGUCCGAAGGCAUGCCAGCUGGGCUGUGAUGGUGUGUGCAGGGGACGAGCCCAUGGCUGGAGAGCUAUGCAGGCUGGGGGCAUUAGAGAUCCUUGAAGAAAUUAAUCUCUCCUUAAGUCGAAAAAAUAAAUUCAGUGAGGCAGCUUAUAACAAGUUGCUUAACAGCAACCUGUCCCUGAAAUACAGCCAGCUUGGCUAUUUGUCAUCAAGUAACAUCAUCAGUGAUGGAUUCUAUGAUUAUGGCCGGCUCUUAUAUUUUCUACAGAUCAGUCCUGGCACCAGACUUUUGCCUUUGAAGGAACUGUGCUUACAAGAACCAAAUGAUCUCCGGGCCAUCCUCUUAAUUAACAGCAAGACCUCUGACAUCUCCCCUCCUCCGUCAACGGAAGAUAAGUCGUCAGAUAUUGGCUACGGACGAAGUAUUUCUUCCUCAUCUUCCUUGAGGCGAGCGAGCAAAGAAAGGGCCAAUUAUCGUUUCAGUACCGGACUGGGCUCUCCCACAGAGGAGAAGCCAGAACCUGCUUCUGGGCGGAAUACUUCUCUGAGCAAAAGCACCGUGAAAGAGAAAGGACUAAGGAAAGGCCGAGGGAAAAAGGAGGAGGAGAAAGUGAAGGAAGAGGAAGAGGUUGCAGCAAUCCCCAAGCUGCCUGGAGAAGGAACCACAGAUAAAGAAUGGUUUCCUCCUUCUGAUCCUGACUUCUGUGUUUAUGUGCACGAGGUGACCAAAUCCAUACUCCCCAAGACCAAUAUUAGGGAUCAGAUUGAAGCUCUUGCAAAGUAUGUGGCAGAAAAAAUGGGUGGCAGAAUUCCAAGAGACAAGCUGCAUGAUUUCAGCUGGGAACUUCAUAUAAGUGAGCUGAAAUUUCAACUAAAAUCCAAUGUGAUACCAAUUGGACUGGUCAAGAAAGGAAUCUUCUACCAUCGAGCUUUGCUUUUCAAGGCCUUGGCUGAUAAAAUUGGCAUAGGCUGCUCCCUGGUUCGUGGGGAGUAUGGCAGAGCUUGGAACAGAGUUAAGUUGAUGAAUGAAUCUAGUAAGGGGGUGAUUGGGGUUCCCCCUCCCCCUGAAAACUACAUCGUUGACCUAAUGUUCUCUCCGGGGACUCUGAUGAAGCUAAGGAGCAAAGACGCAGAUCUGUACCGAUUUCUCUAGACUGUCAAGUGGACACAAAAGAGGCGCAAGCAAGAAAUGUAUGUGUGUGCUUUCUAUGCAGUUCACUGGUUGAUUUUUAUUUCUUGAAAUAAAAGUAUUGCAAUGCUC